AUACACAUAACAGUAAAAGUUAAACAUUAUUACAUAAAUAAAUUACUAUUAUUUUUACAGAUUGGCUGGUAUAAUGAUAUGAUCAAACCAAUUUUUCAAUUGAAUUAUUCUUAUGACACCAUAGCAUUUUUGAUAGUGAGCACUCCUCAAAUGUUUGACAGAGCGUUCAAGCCUUUUGUCCGGUGCCGGCGACUCUCGGGAUCAUUGAACCCCAUCGACGAAUGCACGGUUUAUUAUUUGGAUCGGAUAAAACAGGUGUUUCCUGAUACGGAAAUUGACAUUAAAUAUGAUUUUGAAUUGCACAUGGGAAGAAGACCGAAAGUUUUAAUGCAGACUGCAGCUCACGUUUCCGGGGCAGCCUAUUAUUAUCGGAGGGACGAUCUCCAAGAAGACCCUUGGGGUUCGAAUAAGAAAAUAUUUGGUGUUUGCAUUCAUCCUAAAUAUGGUGGUUGGUUUGCCUUAAGAGGUGUGGCAAUUUUUGAAAAAUUUACCUGCCCCCUUUUGACAAAGACUGAACCCAAUGACGUCAUUCCUGAAGAUAAGAAAAGAGAGCUGUUGGAAAAAUUCAAUUAUCACUGGGAAGAUUGGAGCUAUCGUGAUAUUAUUCCAGUUGCAGAAAAAUAUUCUGAAGAACAAAAGAAAUAUUUUGCUACCAAACCUGGCCAAAGGCAUAAAAUUAUAGAUGAAAUAAGAAAUGUAGAUA